GCAUAACAAAUACCCCGCUUGCGUUUGUAUGGGUACUUUAUGCCUUGAGCAGAAAAGCAGCUACCACCCUAGCUUUUUCCCCAGCUUACAACUAUCCAACUUCUUGAUUGAUAUGGUCCCUUAUAGUAUAACCUCUUUAAAAUGUUUUAUCAGUGUCACCUGUGUUCAGAAGAUAACAUACAUAUACGUAAAAGGACAACCAGUGAGGUCAUUUGAUUACUCAGCCACAUUCUACCGUAAGAAGCAGCCGUGGGCGGAAAAGAGCAAACGAGAAAAUAACGCAGCAACAUGCCUUCCCAUAUCUCAAAGGGAGAAGUGUGUAGUACCAACGUAAGGGUAGAGAUGUAUAUUGAUUCUUGUGAACAGGAUUCACAGAGGACGCCAGGCUGUGCGAAAGUCGAUGCAGAAGCAGGUGCUGAUUCUCGCGGAGAAGUAUCAAAAGAGGUGUCGGAUUGGGUGGGCUCUCGGACAGAGACUCAAGCUCCAGAAGGUGGAUGGGGGUGGAUGUGCGUUUUAGGUUGUUUAACAGUUAACAUCCUGGGAUCUGGCAUGGACAGGACGUUUGGAGUAGUCUACCUUAUUCUGGUUGAUACGUUUGGUUAUAGUGCUAAGUUGACAGGAGGGAUCUUGUCGGUAUUUUCUGCCUGUCGAUUCUGUUUAGGUCCGGUAAGCAGUUCCCUGGCCAAUAUAUUCACAGCCCGGAAGGUGGUAAUAAGCGGUGGUUUAUUAAGCAGUCUGGGUCUGAUACUUAGUGCCUUCCCACCGAAUAUCUACUACCUGUUUUUUACCUUUGGAAUAGUUGCAGGAAGUGGGGCAGCACUUUGUUACACACCAAGCACUGUGGUUAUUGGUCAAUAUUUCCACAAGAAACGUGCACUUGCCAACGGUAUUGCCUCCGUGGGUUCUGGGAUAGGUUCCUUGAUAUUACCACCGUUCCUCACUUAUCUAGUAUAUCACUACGACUACAGAGGCCUGAUGCUCAUCAUGGGUGCCAUCAUGCUGAACCAGGUGGUAAGUGGAGCCCUCUAUAGACCUCUCGGACCUAUGACUCCCAAGGCAAACCACGAACGACAGAUAAUUCCUUCUGAUGGUAAUGACCAUGCUGAAAGCGCCACUAUAGCAAGUACGUGUAAGUUCAAAGGAAAUUAUCAACCCGUUGACACAAAGAAAGAAGAAAACUUGGAAAUGGUCCAAACGAGUAAGAAAAGUGUCAAAUCACAGGCAGAGGAUGGAUCAUCUGAAUUUCUCGAAUUACCCGCCAUGGUAUUUGCAGGAAGUGUUGUGCUGGAAGGUGCUUCACAAACAUUUAAAGACCCAGGCCAGAGGAACACAAUUUGGGACAGAAAUGCAGUUCUAAAUGAGCUAUAUGUAUAUGCAAAUCUGCUGAAAGAUAUAAGUUUUCUGAGCUUUGCAGUACAUUGGACAUUCCUGGCUAUUGGCGCUCUGUCGGGUCUGAUGUUCCUUGGUGCAAUAGCCGAGGAGCACGGGGUACCGCGAAGUCAGUCGGCAAUUCUUUAUUCCAUACUGAGUAUAUUUGACAUCGCAUCCAGGAUAGCGGAUUCUCUUCUCUUUGACCGCGCGUGGCUCAGAACACAGCGAUGCCAUGUAUACAACAUUCUUUUGGUCAUUUUGGGCGCGGUGCAUUGCCUACUCCCAGAAGGAAGAACGUUUCUCCAGUUUGCGGCAUGCGCAUCUUUGAUAGGCUUAUUACAAGGAGCAGUUAUGGGGCUAUUCGUUGUAAUGCUCGCUGACGUAUUAGGCCCAGCUAUGCUGAAGCAUACAUUGGGACUUGGUCUCGUGUUUUUUAGUGCUGGUACCUUAACGGGACCACCAGCUUCGGGAAAUCUUAAGGACGCAUACGGGACGUACCGUUACUCAUUCUACUUCAGCGGCUGUUGCUGUUUUGCUAGUGCUGGCUUCUUUCUUUUGAACACUUUUCUCAACAAGAAGUCAUGCAAAGAUCCGAGAUAGAUUUUUCUCAUGAUGAAGGAAUUUACAUGUG